AUGUCUUCUCACAAGAUUUUCAGGAUCAAGAGGCUCCUGGCCAAGAAACAAGAGCAGAAUUGCCCAAUUCCCCAAUGGAUUCAAAUGAAAACUGGUAGUAAAAUUAGGUACAACUCCAGGAGGAGACACUGGAGAAGAACUAAGCUGGGUCUAUAA